ACAAAACAGACCAUAGCAGAGUUUCGUUUUCGUUUCUCCCUCUCUCUCGACAUCUUUCGCCUUGCUCUGCUUGCCAGUGAGCAGGUGCUCUUUGUGCCAGUAUAUGUGUAUGUCCCAGCAGUUAUAUUAGCGUUGAUCUCUCUUUACUCUGUUCACCCAUCAUGAACACUCUCCCAGCAUAUUCAGGAGCCUGGAUAUCAGGCUGCUGGGAUCUUAGGUCAGAUGACAGUGGGAGUGGGGAAGGCUCUCUGGACAGGCUCCUCCCCUCGGUCAACACCACCCUGUCAUCGCGAAAACGAACCACCAGCCAGUGUAAAUCAGAACCUCCACUGCUGAGGACCAGUAAGAGGACCAUCUACACAGCCGGACGCCCACCAUGGUACAAUGAACACGGGACCCAGUCCAAAGAAGCUUUUGUUAUUGGUCUUUGCGGUGGCAGUGCCUCAGGCAAAACGACUGUCGCCCGCAAGAUUAUCGAGGCUUUAGAUGUUCCUUGGGUUGUUCUUCUAUCCAUUGAUUCCUUUUACAAGGUCCUGACGGCCGAACAGCAGCUCCUGGCCGCUAAUAAUGAUUACAACUUUGACCAUCCAGACGCCUUUGAUUUCAGCCUCCUGGUGCACACACUCCGCAAGCUCAAACAGGGCAAAAGUGUGAAGAUCCCAGUGUACGACUUCACUACACAUGGACGACAGAAAGAAUGGAAAACAGUCUAUGGAGCCAGUGUCAUUAUAUUUGAGGGAAUCAUGUCCUUUGCUGAUAUUGAGCUUCUGAAGCUGUUGGACAUGAAAAUCUUUGUGGACACUGAUUCUGAUAUCCGGCUGGUACGGAGACUCAGAAGGGACAUCACAGAGCGAGGCCGGGACAUUGAGGGAGUGAUCAAACAGUACAACAAAUUUGUGAAGCCAGCUUUUGAACAAUACAUUGAGCCCACCAUGAGACUGGCAGAUAUUGUGGUGCCUCGUGGUGGCGGCAACAUGGUGGCCAUUGAUCUCAUAGUGCAGCAUGUACACAGUCAGCUGGAGGAGAGAAAACUCCGCUGGGAUAUGGCAGCACUAGCAUCUGCCCAUCAGGCUCAGCCCCUCCCACAGACCCUCAGUGUUCUUGAGAGCACGCCGCAGGUCCGCGGCAUGCACACCAUCAUCAGGGAUAAAGAGACCAGUCGAGAUGAGUUCAUCUUCUACUCCAAGAGGUUAAUGCGGCUGCUCAUCGAGCGAGCGCUCUCCUUCCUUCCGUCUCAGGUCCAUUUUGUUCAGACCCCACAAGGAGAGGAUUAUGAGGGCAGAACCUUCCAUGGGAAGAGGAUUACGGGUGUGUCAAUUCUCAGGGCGGGAGAGACCAUGGAGCCCGCGCUCAGGGCCGUGUGCAAAGACGUCCGCAUUGGCAAAAUUCUCAUCCAGACCAAUCAGGACACGGGAGAGCCUGAGCUGCAUUAUUUGCGUCUGCCCAAAGACAUCAGUGAGGAUCAUGUGAUUCUGAUGGACUGCACUGUUUCCACUGGAGCAGCAGCCAUGAUGGCCAUCAGAGUUUUACUGGAUCAUGACGUUCAGGAGGGUAAGAUCCUGCUGGUGUCUCUACUCAUGGCCGAGAUGGGUGUGCAUUCAGUGGCCUACGCUUUCCCUCAGGUCAAAAUCAUCACCACCGCUGUCGACAAGAAGGUCAACGACCUCUUUCACAUCAUCCCUGGCAUAGGAAAUUUUGGAGAUCGUUAUUUUGGCACAGAUGCACCUCCAGACUGGAGUGAUGAUGACAUGGAUGAGCCCAGCUACUGAGACCUCCUCUGUUCACUCCUGACACCUGCUGCCACUCACCUGGGCUUAAAAUAGCACAGCAAAGACUAUAAGACCACAUCUUAUCAGCAAGGACUUUAUGGUGCCCUGUCUGAUAUCUGUACAUACACUUUUUAAAUAUUUUGUAUAUUUGUUUUAUGUGAUAAUUAUGAAGGUUUUAUUGUAUGUAGAUUUAUUUGUUUUAAGUGGGUUAUUUACUGUUUUAUAAAACUUUCUACAAUAUGUUGUUUGAUUGUAAAAUACACGCAGUUCAUUAUUUGCCUUAAGUAUUUGCUGCCACUUUUAGAAUUUGCAUUUUUGCAUUUUAUCAGCAACACAGUUGAAUAUUACUGGUUGUCAUGGCAUACUGUGUAUCACAUUCUCAUUCAAUUUUUUUCCUUGGCUGUUUCUUGCAGCAGUCAACCUUUCUGAGAGCAAAAUAAGUCUCAGAGCGUUGCCUUGCUACACAUAGACUGUGAGUUUCUUUGAAGGACCACUUCAUCGGAAAAAAUGUGUGGGCGUUGCUUUGUUUUAUUCUUUGCUUUCUCUCUAGCUUCACCUGCAGAUGGCUGCUGACCAAACCACAGGCUGUUACACAGACAAUUACACUUUCAUCAAAGAGUCCUCAAUCAUGUACAGCCACUUGGGUUAUUUAGUUUAAAAGCUGUAUAAUGUUUAUUGCAUAAAAAAUACCAUGUGAUCAUUCAGUGUAAGGAUAUUACUUUCAGUGGAGGUUAUUUACUUGUCAUCUAAUGUCAUAGUAGGACAAGGAGCUUAAAGGUUCGACUUUACGCUGCAGGGCUUGAUCAAUCUAUCAAGCAAGCAAGAGUGAGAAGUGCCGGUGUUUAACGCAGAAGUUAUUGCAAUGAUUUUUAGGUUAUUAAAGAAACCACAAACAUGUUGUUGUGAUAUGAAUUACCUAAACGGAUCUGCUUUGACCCAAAAAUGCACAUCCUGCAUUUGUCCAGUGAGUCUCUAUUUACCAUAUAUGGUUUAGAUGUGCUGCUUGUUCGCAUUCUUGUCAAGAACAUACAGGGCGUAUAAGAACAAAACUAGCCCACAGGAAACAUGAGGGUCUUGUCUGAAAUUCUACCAAAUGAAGUGUAGCGAUAGGUUUUAUUGAUGUACAUUGAUAUGUUUGUUUAAAAGAAAUAUUUGAUCAUAGAGAUAUGGUGUGACUGUGUGCGUGCGUGCGUGUGCGUGCAUGUAUUGGUUGAUUACCCUACCAUAUGAUUUGUAUUUGUAGUUAACCAAAGUAUGAUCUUUAGGUCUCCAAGGUUGCAAAAUACUAAGCGAUGUUCUACUUUCCAAGUUCACAUCUGCGGUGAUAAUGUCAAGGCCUAGUGAAUGUACCUAUCUGAUGUUAUUCCCGCAACAGGAAUAAAAGUCUUCAGCUCCAUUAUUUGUUUAGCUGUAUGGUUUAUUGUAUGUUUAUUACACACACUGUGGAAUACUUGAUUCUGAUUGGUUAAUUGUGGCAUUCUGUGUUGAAAUAUUUUUCUAUAAUGGCCACUAAACUAUAAUUGACCGUUGUCCCAAGCAACUGAUUUGUAGCUGUGUUAAUUUCAUGUCUCCCAUAUAACCCUGCAGACUCUUUCAUUCUUGCAUAAUAAAAUUGUUU